UCGAGGAAUGUCGGAACACUCGACCACCAGAGAUUCCCAUUUUAAUCAGACAGGACCAACUCUUGGUAUGUCGAAACAAUCGACCACCAGAGAUCCUCAUUUCAAUCAGACAGGACCAACUCGUGGUAUGUCGGAACAAUCGACCGCUAGGGAUCCUUAUAUAGAUCCGACAGAACCAACUCAUGGAAUGUCGGAACACUCGACCACCAGAGAUCCUCAUUUAAAUCAGACAGGACCAACUCGUGGUAUGUCGGAACAAUCGACCUCUAGGGAUCCUUAUAUAGAUCAGACAGAACCAACUCGUGGUAUAUCGGAUAACUCGACCACCAGAGACCCUCAUUUAAAUCAGACAGGACCGACUCGUCGAAUGUCGGAACACUCGACCACCAGAGAUCUGCCUGUACAUCCGACAGGACCAACACGAGAAAUGUCGGAACACUCGACCACCAGAGAUCCUCAUUUCAAUCAGACAGGACCAACUCUUGGUAUGUCGAAACAAUCGACCACUAGGGAUCCUUAUAUAGAUCCGACAGAACCAAGUCGAGGAAAGUCGGAGCAAUCGACCACCAGGGAUCAUUAUUUAGAUCCGACAGAACCAUCUCGAGCAAAGUCGGAGCAAUCGACCACCGGAGAUCCGUAUUUCAUUCCGACAGGGCCAUCUCGAGGACUUUCUGAACAAUCGACCACCAGAGAUCCUCAUUUCAAUCAGACAGGACCAACUCGUGGUAUAUCGGAACACUCGACUACCAGAGACCCUCAUUUAAAUCAGACAGGACCGACUCGUCGAAUGUCGGAACACUCGACCACCAGAGAUCUGCCUGUACAUCCAACAGGUCCAACACGAGAAAUGUCGGAACACUCGACUACCGGAGAUCUUCAUUUGGAUCCGACAGGACAAACUCGAGAAAUGUUGGGACAAUCGACCACCAGAGAUCCUCAUUUGGAUCCGACAGUACCAACACUAGGAAUGUCGGAACACUCGACAACCAGAGACCCUAAUUUAAAUCAGACAGGACCGACUCGUCGAAUGUCGGAACACUCGACCACCAAAGAUCUGCCUGUACAUCCGACAGGACCAACACGAGAAAUGUCGGAACACUCGACCACCAGAGAUCCUCAUUUGGAUCCGACAGGACCAACUGGAGGAAUGUCGGGACAAUCGACCACCAGAGAUCCUCAUUUGGAUCCGACAGGACGACCAACUCGAGAAAUGUCGGGACAAUCGACCACCAGGGAUCCCCAUGCAGGUAUUACUGGACCAACUCGAGAAAUGUCGGGACAAUCGACCACCAGGGAUCCUCAUUUAGAUCCGACAGGACCAACUCGUGGUAUGUCGGACCAAUCGACCACCAGGGAUCCUCAUUCAGGUCCUACUGGACCAACUCGAGGAAUGUCAGCAACAUCGACCACCAGGGAUCCUCGUUUAGAUCCUACAGACUCAACAGAAAGAUCAAAUACCUCAAAAACCGAUGGAGUGUCUUUAUCUUCCUCCGGGGAACAAGUGAAAACGACAACUAUUGCAACAGCUGAAGUACAACUAGAACCUGAUUUUAACAGCGAUUGUACGACUCUGCUUGGAAAUUGGAAACUAGUUGCAGUACUGUCGACACUGUUUGCCGUUCUUAUAAUGUAAAACAGUUACGAAAUUAAAAUUUGAUCAAAAUAUUUCUAUCUUAUACACUUUCAUG